UCAUCUUCAUUCCUGUGCAACACAAACAGUCACUGCUGCAGAAAUAUAGAAAGAAAACAAAACACUCAGUGACUGGAUCUGCCUGCCAGUUUCCUUCCCAAGUCUCACUGUCUCUCAGGCUACCUACUUGCAACACUUCCUCUUCUCUCUGUCAGAAGCCUCCUCCAUGCAGUCUCCAGGUGUUUCUUUGUGUCAAUGUGGAGGCUUCUUCUGUUGCUGAAGGCCAAACAGAGGAGAUCAUGAACAACUGAAGGGGAGAAGAUCAAAGAUGUUCAAGGCAGCACGAUGGAGGAGCGAGAAGAACAAGAUCAAGGUUGUGUUCAGGUUGCAAUUCCAAGCAACACAGGUGCCGGUGUUGGGAUCGGAGACAGUGAUGGUGAGCUUGGUUCCUCUGGAUGUAGGAAAGCCCACCGUAAGAUCAGAAAAGGUUGCGGUGAUGGAUGGAACCUGCAACUGGCUGAACCCAAUCUACGAAACAGUGAGCCUGGCGUGCGAUCCCAAGAGUGGAAAGAUUAAUGAGAAGCUCUACCAGUUUCUUGUUUCUGCACAGGGAUCAAGCAAGCCCGGACUUCUUGGUGAAGUCACUGUUAACCUGGCAGAUUACUUUGAGGUGUUCAAAGCAUCAUCUGUUGCGCUCCCUCUCAAGGCAGGAGCCAUCUUGAAUGUUACCAUACAGAGAAUGAAAGGUGAAGUUGCAGGCAGGGGAGCAGAAGAAGAUGGAGAUGGAACAGCAAGGCAACAAUGCAGAACAUUACAGAGCCAGAUAAGUAAGUGUGACAAUAAAAAAGGUCUCAAAGCACUGAUCGGAAGGAAUGAUAUGAAUUCGGUGAAGGUUGGGUCAUAUGUCAACAGAGAGCCGAGAAUAGACUUUCCUUCAAGCAGAAGCCUCCCCAAUUGUGCUGAUUCCAAUGGCAAGCUCCAAAAGUCUCAGAGCUCUGGUGCUUUAUCUGGAGCCACUUCUGGUAGUAGCUCAGAGAUACACAAGACAAGGGAGAACAGAGUCAACAAUGGCAGCUUCCUCUCACCUCUUAGAGACGUUUUAAGAGAGAGACUACAAUUCUCAGAUGAUGAUGUUGUUUUGACGAGAAAGGUGGAAGAAUCCGGGCUGGAGUUGCAGACUCUGCGAAAGCAAAUCGUCAAGGAAAGCAGGCAACGGCAAGAUCUUUCGAGGGAGAUAAGUAGCAUGAAGGAGGAGAGAGAUGCUCUACGAAGAGAGUGUGAAGAGCUUAAGUCUUCACAGAAGAGAAAUGCUGUUGAUGAGAAAGAUUUAGCUGAAUCACAGCUGGAAGAGGUCAAACAAGAGUUAGAUCACGAGAGAAAUCUGAACUCAAGUCUCCGCUUGCAACUGCAGAAGACGCGGGAAGCUAAUUCCGAACUGUUACUUGCUGUCAGAGAUCUUGAUGACCUGUUGGAGAAGAAGAACAGGGAGACACCCUGCUGCAUGAAGGAUGAGAAAGACCUAGAAAUGCAACUGGAACAGCUUGCUUCGGACUACGAGAUCUUGAAACAGGAAAACCAUGACAUCUCUUCGAAGCUGGAGCAGCAUGAGCAGCUCAGGAUUCACCAUGAGUGUUCGGAGCAUUCAGCAAUCAUCCAUGACCUCGAAGCCCAUGUCGAAAGCUUAGAGAAAGAACUGCAGACACAGACGCAGGCUAAAGUUGAGCAGGAGAAGAAGGCCAUACGAGCAGAGGAAACACUGAGGAAAGCGAAGUGGAAAUUUGCUUCCACCAUCGAACGGCUUCACGAGCAACUUAAGCGGCUGUCUUCACAAGCUUCAUCCGCAUUCUACGGAAACGAGAAAGCAGUCAAGCAUGCGCUGAAGGAAGCCAGUGAGCUGCGUUCACAGAACAGCUACCUGGAAGAGCUUCUGAAGAAAACCAUGGAGGAUCUGGCAUCAGUGCAAGGCCAAUGCCGUGUGAAUCUUCAACAGCUACUGAGCCUUGUAGACUUCAAAUCGAAAGAAGCAGAUAAGCUGCAAUUGGAGCUGAAAGAUCGGAAUGAAGAGCUCGAAAGGUAUAAGAGAAUGCGGUCACAAAAAACACAGAUCGAAAAGCUCGAAACCGAGAAAUUUCUUGCCUCCGAAGAGAGAGAAAAAUUGGUGUAUACCGCAAAGGAGAUGAUGCUUCAUGAUAGAAAUCUGGAAGGUGAACUCCUCGAGAAAGAGAUACUGCCAAUGAGGCAGGAAAACAGUGGCCUAAGGAAUGUGAGGGGUGGAGAAGAGGCUGUGAUCAGACUGCUGAACUCUGAGGAAGACAAACAUUGCCAUGAGAGCUCCAGGUGUGCCAAUUCCAACAAAUGCCAAAGUGAUGUUGAUUGCCUGCAACAAUCAAGGAUGGAAGUUAAAGCACAGAUUAACAAUACAAACCCCAAAGAUCAAGAACAAGCCACAAGAUUCUCAAGAACUAAUUCAGAAGAAAAGGAACACAUUGUUUCCUGUGCAUUUGAUGAUCAUAAGGUUUCUGAAAUAAUCAGUGAGUUGGCUGUUCUAAGGAAGCAGAAUGAGUCAACAGAAGCUGAUCUGAAGGAAAUGCAAGAAAGGUAUUCUGAGAUAAGCCUAAAGUUUGCAGAAGUUGAAGGUGAAAGACAACAGCUCAUGAUGACAAUCAGGACUCUCAAAAAUGCCUCGAAAAAUUAGUGGUCUUUCUUCCUUUAAUCUUCCAUUAAUCUUUUGUAUAGGCAAGAAUCUGGAUGCAUCAGGGAGCAGAUCCAGAAUUGCAAGGUGUAAA